AUGGCAGAAAUCAAAAUUAGUAAUAAAACCAAAGAUAAAGUUAAUGCUUGCAAAGCCUAUAUAGAAAGAAAAUAUAAAAUGUUUAUAACUUAAGAAAAGGAAAAAAUAUAAGAUUGGUAGCAAUUGGAAUUAAUUCUAAAAAGCCUUAAUUUUACACCUAUAGAAUAAGAGUUGAUAAAAAAGGAAAUAUAACAUAAGGAAGCAAUGCGAUUAAGAAAGAAGUUAAUAUGAUUUAAUCUUUAGGAGAUAAAAGGUUACGGUUGAAGAUUAUGAAUCCCUUGCCAUAAUUGGUAGAGGAGCUUUUGGAGAAGUAAGAGUUUGUAGACAUAAGAGUACAAAUGAAAUUGUAGCAAUUAAAAAAAUGAAGAAAUCUGAAAUGAUUUUUAAAAAUCAAUUAGGACAUAUUAGAGCUGAAAGAGAUUUAUUAGUAUAAUCUAAAUGUAAAUGGAUUGUUGAAUUAAAAUAAUCAUUUCAAGAUGAUGAUAAUUUAUAUUUAGUAAUGGAAUUUUUAAGUGGUGGAGAUUUGAUGACUUUAUUAAUUAAAAAGGAUAUAAUUCCAGAAAGAGAUGCAAAAUUUUAUAUAGCAGAACUUGUUUUGGCAGUUGAAGAAAUUCAUAGUAUGAAUUAUAUUCAUAGAGAUCUUAAACCUGAUAAUAUUUUAAUAGAUGCAGAUGGUCAUCUUAAAAUAUCAGAUUUUGGUUUAUGUAAACAUUUAGGUGUACAUUAUGAUAUGGCUAUCCCAUAUAAAAAUAAUACUUAAGAAAUAUAGUCUAAAAAUAAUAAUUCACGUCGUUAAUUAGCAUAUUCUACUGUUGGUACACCUGAUUAUAUUGCACCAGAAAUAUUCUCUUAAAAAGGUUAUGAUUAAUUGGUAGAUUGGUGGAGUGUAGGUGUUAUUUUAUUUGAAAUGGUAAUAGGUUAUCCACCUUUUUAUAGUGACACACCAUAAAAAACCUGUUAAAAAAUAUUAUCUUGGAAACAUCAUUUUAAAAUACCUAAAGAACCAAAAAUAUCUUCUUAAUGUUAAGAUUUAAUUCUCAAAUUGAUUUCUGAUUCUAGUGAAAGAUUAGGAGAUUCAAAUAAAAUAAAAAAACAUCCUUUCUUUUGUGGUAUUGAUUGGAUUAAUAUACGAAAUCAAAAACCUCCUUAUAUACCAGAUAAAAAGAAAUUAACAUCUAAUUUUGAUAAAUUUGAAGAAAAAGAACCAUGGAUUAAUAAUGUAUAAAAUGAAAAAGAUAUAGAUUAAAAUAAAAAUAUGAAUGAUAAUAAAAAAUACUUUUAUGGAUAUACUUAUAAAAGAAAUUGUGAUAUAGAGAAAAGUCCUAUAAAAAGGGCUAUAGAAGAAUUAGAAAAUAUUAAACCAUCAGGAAUCAAAGCUGAUUUCGAUAAAAAACAAAGAUCUUAGUCUCCAAAACCUAUUAAUAUACCUCCUGAGAUUAAUAAAUCUUAACGAUCUCAAUCACCAACUAUAAAGGAUUAACUAAAAAAUACUUAUAUGUAAUAUAUUGGAUAAUUUUUAUCACCAAUAAAUAAAUUAAAACAAAAAUAAAAUUGA